AUGAAUAAUUUCAUAAAAAAGUUAAGUUCUAAAAAAGAAAAGGAUUGGAAAGAAUCUGAAAGAUGGCAUAUUUUUCAAGAAUGGAGAUCCUCUAGAGGUAGUGUAGAAUCAAUUAUAUCAUCCACCCCUAAUGAUCAUAUAUCUUCUAGUGGAGAUAAUAGAACUAAUGAAAAAAUUAGAGAUCUCGAAGAUAUAACUGAAAAUAUACAAUUAUCUUAUGGAGAACCUUAUUCCGAUUCAACUAAAAUAUCUUUUAUAGAUAGAGCAUUAUGUGAUGUUUCCUCAGUAGGAUUUACAACUUAUGCAUCAUGUAGAAUAUAUUUUAUAAUAUUAAGUGGGUUUUUCUUUUUAUUGUCUAUAUUAUUAGGUGAAGAGAGUUGGUCAAAAUCUGUAUAUAUUAAAAUUCCAUAUGAUAGUAUAAACAAUAAGGUACCUGAACUCAAAAGUAAAUAUAAAAAAGAUGACAAAACAAACACGGUUUCAAAGGAAUCACCUGAAUCUUUAAAUAAUCCAUAUAAUGAAAUGAGGAAUAAUAUAACAUUUCAUAUAGAUCAAACUUUACAUGAUCCUAUUUAUAUAUAUUACGGUUUGAAUCAAUUUUAUAGUAAUACAAAAAAUUUUGUUUCCUCUAAACCUUCUGAAGUAUUUGGACCAGGAUAUAAAUGCACACAUUUAGAAAAUAUCUCAGAUAUAUUAAGGUAUCGUCCAGAUUUACGAGUAUUAUUUGAGGAAUUUUUUAGAGUACCUAAGAAUUUUGAUUUUAAUAUAAUUGAUGGCUAUUUUUCUGAAAAAGAUCUUAGUAAUAAGAUAUUUGGUUUUCAAAAAAUAAAUCCUAAGAUUAGUAAUAUUUUUUGUGGCAUAGCCAUCUACUCUUUAUUUACUGAUGAAUUUGAUAUAUUCUCGAGAGACUAUCCAAAUGAAAAAAUACCAAUACAACGCUAUUUAGGGAAUCUAGAAGAACAAUGGAAACUUAGAUUAUUUCAAAAUUUUCGUUAUCAUGUUAAUAAUAAACUUCGGAAUUUUUAUAUUUCAAACUCGGUAGAUAUACAAAAUAAAAUGCAUGAUGAUAAACCCCCUUUAUUAUCACUAUUAUUAGCAAGAUGGUGGACCCAACAUGUAUCACCAAAUUUUAUUAAGAUUUAUGGUGUAAUAAGCUCUUCAAUUGGUUUUGAUUCUUGUUAUGACUUUAUUUUAUAUCCUGGGAACUAUGGAGUUGAUAUAUAUAAUGUAUUUCCAAGUAAUUUAUGGGGAUCUGAGAAAUAUCUCUUACUUAUGAACCUUUCUAUAUUUGGUGGAAAACAAUAUUUAGCAGCUUUUUUAUGUCUAUUUAUAUCACUAUCCUAUUGUGUGUUAUUAUAUUUUGAUCCUAAGACAGUACAGAAAUUUAUAUUAGAUACAAGUAUACCAGAAAUAUCUCCAAAUAUUAAUCCUUUAAUUUGA